AUGCAAACCCGACCUCUCCAGAAUCCCAUUCCCACAAAAAAGUUGCGGUUCAUCCCAACUCUUCCGGUCGGCCGUAUCUCAACCUCGUGUCUCGUCUCUUUCUACUUAGCCCAACCCAAAGUUUUCCCCAAGAACCGAAAACACUCGCCUACAAUGCCCUCCGAAGCAGUUGUCGUGUCGACCUCCGUCGUCGCCCUCGUGACGGGCUUCGUGCUGGGCGUCUUUUCGAUCCGUGGCUACCUCAUCUCCCCCGAGCUGCGCGCCGAGGCUCGCGCCAACACAGACGACCCUUUGGAGAGCGACGAGUCCGACAUUGACGAGGACGACACCAUCCUCGACCACGCCCCCAACUGGGCCAACGGCGUGGCCGCCGACCGUCGCGACGGCCUGCGCCAGCGCAAUGCUGCUUCCUCAGCGAAGCCCGCCUCCUCCAAGAAGCCCAACCCCGACUCCGCGCCACUUGCCGACUCCAAUGAGGAGUGCAAGCUCGUCCUCGUUGUCCGGACGGACCUGGGCAUGACAAAGGGCAAGAUGGCGGCGCAAGCAUCGCACGCGACCCUCGCAUGCUACAAGUCUCUCUCCCGUGCCGCAGCCAAGGACCCGUCGUCCGCGGCCGCCAACAUCCUCAAGCGCUGGGAGCGCCUCGGCCAGGCCAAGAUCGCGGUGCAGAUCAAGAACCAGGACGAGAUGCUCGAGCUCAUGGGCAAAGCGCGCAGCCUCGGCGUCACCUCCGAGGUCAUCGCCGACGCCGGCCGCACGCAGAUCGAGGCCGGCAGCCUGACUGUGCUCGGUGUCGGCCCCGCGCCAAGGAGCCUCGUCGAUCAGAUCACGGGACACUUGAAGCUUUUGUAA